UUCUAGAUAUAGGUGCACUCAGAAAAUAUUCGAUAACGAUUCGAUGAUAAAUAGUCACUAGCCCUGAUGGAAGUUACAACAAGAGUUGCCAGUCUUGACCAUCACAGGAUGAACCAGGCCAUACGUCAAGCGGCGGAAAAUGGCUUCAAGGAAUGGAAAAGUAAAUUUCCAUUACCAGUUGCUAUCAAAUUGGAAAAAAUCCAGAAUGAAGCUCUUUUAGUUAUCGAUACCCUUGUAUGGUUUAACCGGCUAAAGAGCGGAUGCAACUUGGACCAGCUAUCUAAAUGGCAACCACUUCUUCAUUUUAUACUUUCGAUCCUGGUACCUUACAUCCAAAACCGUUUGCUUUCUUCAUCUAACCACAACAUCAGAUGGAUAUAUAAGGUGGCUGCCAUUUGUCGUUUAGCAGAUCUUUUACAGCUGUUGCAUUUUUAUCAUAAAGGUGGUUAUCAGAACCUUACGGAAAAAAUCACGCGCUUGAAAGUGGCACCGAGGGAAAAACUUGGUCUAUUGGAUUUUGAAGCACUCAAUCGGAAGCUUAUGUGGUGUGUAUUUCGAGAUCUUAUGGUUCUUUUGAUUUCACUCAGGAAUUGUUUUUGGGGGCUGACAGGAUAUAAAAGGGAUGAGGAACACGCAAAUCUAUUAAAAGCGGUAUGCACACAAUGCCAACAGAGAGUUGUGAUACCGGUGAAGAAUGUUACCUGUGGACAUAUUUCCUGCUAUACAUGUUAUCACACCGAACCGUUUUGUGCAGUAUGUGGAAGCAUUACGAAAUCAAAUUGUUUCUGUUUUCUACAACUGUCGAACCAAAAUUUGUAAAAUGUGAACGUUAAUGCAACAUAGCCUGAAACAUUAUUUCGUUACUUUCCUAACUCAGCAUACUGAACAGAUGCUGUGCCUCAUAACUGUUUUCAUAAGAUACAGCGUUCCUGUGUGAUUCGUUUAUACAGAUGGUCCUAUCCUCCGAUGGAUGAAUGAAGUUUACCAAUAUUCCACUAAACUUGAUCACAGUUUAUGACUUCAUAUUAAUCAUUGUGAAUCAUUAUAGGUAAUAAAUGUGAAAGGAUGUUAGGAGAGGGUAUGGGAGGGUGUUGCAGGUAAUCUGCGUUAGGGAGAUGUGGG